GUGUAAAGAAAUGUGUCACCUAGCAACAAGCCCUGCACAAAGAGCGCACAGGCAUGUUAGCACAGGUGAAAGGAGGAUUCACGCGCACUAAAGUUUGUAAUUGUCCAUAUUUUUUCAAGACGCAUUGUACGUUUUAUCUGCAUCUUUCUCCUGAGGACAUACAAGAGGAUUCAAUCGGGACGAAAUAAUGACCUCUCCAUCCAGGAUUGCUCCUUUGUAUUUCUAUGAUCAGCUUUGAACUUAUGACCUUAUCACUAUGAGGCAGCAGUCCUGACCAUCACACCAAGCUGUGUUGCUGGUCAAGGCUCACCUGUUUUCGGUCCAGAAAAUGUGGACAAUGAAGCUAAUAGCGAUGAGCUUCCUCAAAGACUGUCACCUGAAACAUGCGAAGAUGAUAAACCUGAGACAUCUUUCAAAAUAAAAGACUACAGUCGGAUGGAUGCCUACAAGCAAGCAGCCCCUCAUUUGUUAAAUGAAUUAGCUCUCCUGCUCUCACAACAUAAAUGGGCAGAAGAGGGGCAUAUUCCUCAGGGAAUCGUUAAUAUUUUGAAUUACUCCUGGAAGGACCUGACUGCAGGGGUAGUUCUGAUGGAAAGCCAGGAGCAGACUGAAAGGCGAGGAAAGUUCAAAGGUCCCCCAGAGCUGGAUGAGGCUGGAUCCGGUCAGAUGUCUGCCAAGGACAAGAGGGAGGCCUGCUCUGCUGUUGGAAGUGUUAGUGUUGCUGUGAUAAAACCAAAAGUUACCUCGAAUCCACACAUGAAAAAGCGAAAACAAAAUCCCAAUACAGCUCACAACUCUACAACCUUCAGUUUCUCCUUCCCCUCAGACAGCUGUAAAGAUCCAGGUUGGAUCAUCCAGCCAAAGCAGCCCUCCUGUGAUGAGCCUCAGCGGAUCAGUUUGUGUCAGUGGGUGGUGGAGCGGCUCCAGGCGGCAAGAGAUCCUGAGAAACUUCAAACAGCACAACAGGAGCAUCCGCUCGCAGUACUCCAUCACUAUGGUGAUGCAAAAGUCGAGGAGAGCAGAGCAAAGACAAAGACCCGACCCACUGCUCUUGUCAGUGGGAUGCCUCAGAUACCAGAAGUGAAGCAGCAGAAACACCCUCAACAGAAGCUUCACUACAAGACCAAUGAUGGCACCUCGUUCAUAUACUACCGCUCAGGUUGUAUGGCUGUAUGUCAGAGCCACUCAGGUCUGCCCUGUGGAGGUUUCUACACCAAUGUGUUCAGUGAUAGCGAGUGUCCCGUCAUUAUGGCUACCCUCACAGCAUUUGGAUGCGGCAGCAUUACCCACCCUCUCAGUUCUGCAAUUAAAACCAUGUGGGACCAGGAUGGAGGGUUCAUGUUUGACCAGUAUGGAAACAUAACUAAAGAGUGGAGCUGGCAGGAGUACCACACACUGAGGAAGAAGAUUGUUUUAAAGGUGUCAGAUCACAUAACUGUGAGGCUGUUUAGUGGUACCUCUGCCAUAAUCUGCUUCAAGUGUGAUGGUGAACGUGUUCAACUACCUCUCUCUGCCCUGCCUUACAAUAACCGAUCAAAAAGACUGCCAUGUUUGCUGACAAAGGAGAGGUUCACAUUUGAUUUUGCUCAAGAUUUGCUGCUGGGGAUGGAGACAAAAUCCCCUGCUGUGAUCCUUGGGAGCGAAACGAACCUGACACUUAUACCUAUGGUCAGGGAGGUGGAGGAGGUGAAGGAGCCGUCAGCACAGUGGAGAAGAGCAGGGCACAAUGGCAGGGAUCUGAAGAGACUUCAGCAGAGAGCACGCAACAUUGUGGAGGACUGGCUGGAUUAUUAUUGCGUUGCCGUUGGGAUCAAGUGUCCUAGCGUGGAGCGGAUGCCAGAUGCCCUGCUGAGGACCAGGCUGAGGAGGGAGGUACAGUCAGCUGUUCUGCCCUCUGUGAACCCACCUGAGCAGGCAGAUGCUAAAGUAGUCCAGCCCGAGGAUGACAGGAAUGAGUUACAGAAGCUGCACAGACAUCUGUCAGUACCAGCAGACAGACCUGCGGACACCUGCGUCAAGCUGCCAAGGGCAGUGAUUAUUCCAAACAGUCCAGAUUUGCAGCCCUCUGCUGUCUCAUGCAAUCCAUCUCCUACACCGAUCACCCCCUCCUGCCCCCUCACAGUGUGCCCUGCUCUGCUGAGAGCUGCCCUGAGAGGGGAGGGGGGCCGCAAGCGCUGCUGCUGCAGCACUAUAGUGAUGCCAGCGUUGACGGACCUGGAGUACGAUGCCUUCAUUAUGGGCCAGCCUCUGUACAGUCAACAGAUUCUGGUGGUUUGUGUGACUUCACCUCACCAACCAAUUAAAGCACAUGUGGAGCAACACCAGGUUGUGCUGGAGCAGGUGUACAAGAGGAGGAACAAGCAUAGAACCAUGCCAUGCACUCAGUGCCAGAUGGAUUCAUACCGCCUGCUGCGGUAUGAGAUGUCAACAAGGAGGCCUGACUGUGAAGAGGGUAACAUCCUGCUGCAACAGAGACACAAUGUUGCUCCUGGCAUGGUCCUGAUGUACAUUAGAUGGAAGCUGCUGUUUGUGGGCUUCAUAUUCAGUGAUCACAGCCACUCUGUCAGGGACCUUGAAAAUCAAAUCUCCAGAACCAGGGGAGACUACAGAUUAGGUCUGAGCCUCCCUACAGACUACAAGUUCAGUGAUACAGCGGAAACCUCUGCAGAAAAAGAUGAACAUAGCUCACAAGAUUCAUUACCAAAAGGGGGACAUGAUGUUACAAUGGCUGCUUCAGUGGAAAAGAAAAAGGGCAAUGUGAGAAAAUACAAUCAAGGAUCACGCCACAAACAAAGCGAUGUUUGUGUCAAACCAAAAACCACUCCAGCACUUCCUCAUGUUCCCAUUUUCACACAUUGCUCCAGUGACAAGUUUAUAUCUGUAUGAGUCUAUGUGUAGAAUUCAAGUUUCCAUCUGUGUCAGCUGUGGGUUAAUACUUAGGGUUAAUGUGGAUUCAAACUAAAAUCAUUGAAUUAGCUUAGUCUGCAUUUCUGCAACACUCAUUAGUCAAAUCUGUAACUGAGCUACAAAAUGUUUUUCAUGUUUGGCAGUAUAAAGUGUACCUUGGCAACUUUUCAAGUCUACAGAUCUGUUGUCAGAGAUAGUGACUGCUGAUGUUUCAGGGCUCUGAGAGUAAUGGACUUCUCUUAUGUAAAUCUCCAUGGGGAAUAUCUGUCUUUAUAGUUUUUCUGUUAAGUAUGAGCAGAUUACAUUUUUUUAAUAAGAUUUAAUUUAUUUUAAUAAUAAUAAUUGAAAUAUCUGAGAUUCCUCAUCUUGAUCAUUCCUGUCAGUCUGACCUGUUUCCUGUCACAGUAUCUGAUUAUCAAAGAUGACAGUUACACCACAAGGAGAGGUGAUAAAUGACGUCUUGUGACUUCAACUUCCUCAACUUUACAGCGAAUAUAAGCAUAGCUGGCUCACACUCAUAUUUCUGGCAUCUUAGUCAUACUUGUGGUGUUAAAAUAAGAAAUGAUGAUGAUGAUGAUGUAUGUGGAAAAUUAUGUGUUUGUGUAAAGAGCUGUAUA